CGUCUUUCUUUCGCUCGUCACAUUCAUGCAGACGCAAAUAAAUAUACACACCACCGAGUGAGCGAGAAGUAGAAGAAGAAAAAGAAGAGUAGAAGAGAAAGAAAAAGAAGAAGAAGAAGAAAAAAAAAGAAUUGUGCAAAAUGUCGUAAACUUCUAAAUGGUACCAAAAUCGAAUAUCCCAGCGAAAAGCGAAGCAAACAAUCAAGAAAGAGACAAAUGCAAUACAGUGAAUCGAAAAAAAAUGUGUUUUUUAUAUGCUUGCACACUUUAAAAAUGUGAAGCCAACAAAGAAAAAAAAAACAAACUUAAAAGAAAAUUGUAAAUGUAAAUUUAGUUUUUGAUUACAAGAAAAAGAAGAAGAAGAAAAUGUAAUAUGUAUUGUGUAUACUUUGGUUGAAGUGCGAACUAAAAGUGCUUGCUUUUGAUGUGAAACUUGCUGUUGAUGUUGAAAAAUUAAAGGAUUCCAUUUUUUUAGUCGUCGUACGACGUUAAAUGUUCGGUUUGAUAAUAUAUGCGGUUUAUUUGGUUUAUUUUUUUUGAAAUAUCGAACAUGUCAUUUUAAAAAAGAAAUAGAAAUAAAACGGAAAAGAGAGUAAAAAAAGAAGAUAAAUUCAAGUGUAAUGUCUGUAUAUCAAAUGUUUUGAUUGUGAAUACGUUGAAUUCGACAGAAUUUACAAUUUUAUUAUUCGGAACAACAACAGUACCAGCAUUUAAAAUACACACACGCACGAAUAUUUGUAUAAAUAUUAAAAGAUAGAGAAUUGCAUUUCAGUUUCAUGUUAAUAUGAAAAGCAAAGGAACAAAAACAACAACAGAAAAAACCACAACUUUCGCAAAAGCAACAAAUACAACAAUUUGGAAUUUAUAUUCACGAGUGUGAAGUUUAAGGUGCAGUUGGUGUUUGAUUCAAUAAUUUGGAUCGAAACAAAAACAAAUCCAUCAUGGAAUGUGAUGUGAUACCGACCUCACCGCAAGAGGUCGAUCCUCUGGGUACGGUUGAACAUUGUAAUGGAUUGGAUGACAAUUCGCAAUCAUUAAAUGCAACAAUGUUACAAAGUGCCGACGAUGUGAAUACAUCGUCCAAAACUAGGAAAAUCAUAAAUAUUACACCGACCAAAAGUCGGAAAGUGUUAACAAUAAGAUCAUCGACAUCACCUCAUGUUUCACAUACAACAACUGUUACAGAUUCAAAUCAAUCUUAUGGAAGUAGACAACAACAAAAGCUGGCACAAGCCAAAAAAAGUGAUGAACACCAGGCGUCAACCAUGCGUGAGGUGUUAGCAUCAAUUCCCGGCUUUAGUAUUAAACCGAGACGUCGAACAAAUAAGAAAAUGUCAACAGCGGCUCAAAUUGAGCAAACUCGCGAAGGUUGCAUUGAUUUAGAAACACCUGACUCGAUAUUGGUCAGUUUCAAUUUACGUGAUCUAUUGAAUAAGGAUACAUUUAGCGCUCUACCACCGCUUUAUCAAUAUAAAUUAGUUCAACUGUUGCCGCGCGUUGACCGUCCGGUGAUCGAUAACGAAACGGAAACUAUAAGACUGAACUCGUCUAGUUUAACAAAUGAAUUUUUCACGCGUGCAUGUUUAGAAUGGAAAGAACGUUUAGCCGAUGGUGAAUUUACACCUGAAAAUCAACUAAAAUUACGUACCGAAGCCGAAAAGGAGAAAAUCAAAUUGGAUCCAUGGAAAUUAAAGCAUUUUGAACCAAUUUGGGGUACAAAAAGUACCAAAACAAAAUUAACCAAUCGCAUUGGCUCGAAUCGAAGUGCGAGUGCGGCACAUAAAAAUCAUGCAAUGGUCACAACAACAAAAACCACAACAACCACAAAUAAUACGUCGUCAUCGUCAUCGUCAUCAUCGUCGUCGUCGUCGGUGACAGAGACAACGGCUACGGCAAAAGAAACAGUGACAAUAUUCGAUAAGAUACCGACCGAUGUUAAGCUUAAACGAGUGCCACAGUCACCACCACCAACAACAACAACAACACAAUUAACGGUGAAAAAUUCAGAGAUGAAAAAUAAUAAAAAUGAUCUUACACUUCGAUCUCGACCGGUAGCCAGCAACUACCAAACAGUCCAACAAACAAGCUCCACAGAUAAUAAACAAACCAAUUCAACGGUUGAACAAUCACAUUCGGACCGGCCUUCGCUUAAAACAACCAUCAGUUUCAAAACGAUACGGGAAUCACAACAGCAAUCGCAAGAAAUUCCAGUAACGUCGGUGUCGAAUAAUUAUACAACAAGCAGUGGUCGCAUAGUUAAAAAUCCAAAUAACUAUCCAAUUAUUGGUACAAAUACUUUACAAGCACAAAAGAGAGUUCGCAUUGGUGCUGUAACACGUUCAUUAAUAUCAACAUCGACAUCAAAUUUAAAUAAUUCGAUAAAAGUUAGCGAGAAUCAUAGUCAAACCAGUGUUAAACCAUCGAAUUCAAUACAAAAUUCAGAAAAACUCACAACGGUCAAAGUGAUUGGUCCAACGAUCAUGCCAAUUACGACAACAAUUAAAUCGGAACACUUUACAAAGAAUUUGUCAAAUUCACUAACAUCGGACAUGUUAUCAACGCGAACAAAAAUAAUUAAGGAUAGUGAUGAAAGUACGAGCGAUCGAACAAUAUAUAAAAUCAUAAAUAAGCCAUUUAAUCGUAAUGAAAGUGGUUCAUUAUCGAAUUAUCCGGACAUCGAGAUUAUACGAAGGGAUGAAAAUGCCGUUGGAAAAUCAAUACCACACGAUAUACCGGCCGAUAUUGAAUUAAUUCCAAUGUCAUCAUCAUCCGAUCAUACGUCAACAUUUGGUAAACGGUCUGCAACUCGAUCAUUUAGUCCGGAAAAUAUUGCUAGUAAAUUGACCAAAUUAAAUGAUUACACUGCGCUCGUUUCGAGUAGCAAUGAAACGCCGAAAAUGUCCAAUGCCAUCACAAUGUCUGCGAUCAAUUUGACAAUGUUACGUGAAUCUCAACAGCGAACGCAGUUGCAGCAACAGCCUGUUGAAACUAGUAUAAGUAUACAUGCACACACCAUGACGAAUCCCAAAUUCACUAGAUCUGAUAGAAGUGACAAUUUAAAACAUUCUAUUUCCAUCUCAACCAUUAAAGCACCUACUAUAGAUACAAGAAUACCAAUUGAUCCAAUUGAAGAAGACCAAGUUCUGAUCACACAUACUGAUUCAAUUGAAGAUAGUAUGAUCGAUGGUGUUGAAGAAAUUAUUGAAGAGAAUCCUCGUCAUUCGCCGUCUAUAAUUGUUAUUUCGGAUGAUCGAGAUGAUCCAGAUGGACCAAUAGAAAAGGAUGCUAAUGAUUUGAUUGAAGAUCAAUCGGAUGCCGUCUAUGAUUAUCAAUUGGAUAUCGAUUGUAACGAAAUGCCAAUAACGAUUGAUGAACUAUCGAUGGGUGUAAACAAUGUUGCCGAAUUGGGAAUUGAUUCUGCUGACGAUACCGAAAACUUGGAUUUGCCUUCAGAUGAUAUAAAUCAAUGUUUGAUUGGAAAUCAAAUCAUUGAAACCACUAUAAAUGAUGAUGACAAACAGUCGACAUCAUCGCCGGAGCAUCAUUGGGAUUUCGAUAAUAAAGCUAAUAUUCUUGAUGCUGGUGCCGAUGGUAAUAGUUUGAUGAUCGGAAGCAGCAUGACUAUUUGUGAUGAAAGUAGCGGUGAAAAUAGUGCCGACACAAAUGUUGAAGAGCUUGAGCCAACCAUUCAAAGCUUAGAUCUUGAUGAAAGGUUCAACGAUGCACAAAGUUAUGUGAUUGAAUCGGGUGAAAUCAGCAGUGAUGGUGGAGCAUUUGAUACUGUUCCUGGAAAUGUGCCUGUUACAAUGGCGAUUGUCAAUCCAACGGAUACUGAGGUAAUACCGAUGCAAGAAAUGCUUAUUGGAAAUGAAUGGAUUGAUCAUACGCAAAUACAACCAACCGCUGCCGAACUAUCGGAACUGCAACAGUCGACAUCAGAUCAACGACAUUCACAGCAAACAUAUCAAAAGAUGCAACAACAACUGAUUUCAAAACACAAACCAAUGAUUCUUACGAAUGCACAGCAAGUGAAAUUGGAAAUGGAUGCAUCGAUGGCACCCGAAAUGGAAGUGUCGAGUACAGUAAUUAGCGGUAAUUCAAAUAAUUCCAGCGAUAGUGAUCAUAGUAAUGAGAUGCCAACAAUUGCCACCGUUUCUGCUGUUAGUAUGAAUUCAUCUGUUGCAAAUGUGCAUCCGAGUAAUGAUAAUCAGUUCGAACAUACAUUGGUGUGUGUUCCGACAAUGGUCAUUCCAAAUUCGAUAAUACAUCAAACGCAAAGCCAACAAUCCGGUUCAUCGUUUCAACUUGCAUUGGCAUCGUCAAGUGGCAAUACAUUUACCACAAUUCGUGAUGGUGUUAAAACAACCAUUGCCAAACCGGCGACCAUUCAACAGCAACAACUGCAACAGAGCCUUAAUAAAAUGCAAGGCAUCGUUUUUAAUUGCAAUACAAUUCCAUUGAAUCAGUCACAAUUGCAAGCAAAACUACAAAGACAAUCAUCACAAUCGAAUAUAAGCAAUACAAUAAAUCCAAUAACACCACGAACAAUUCAACGUACGCACAAAAUACAACUGACGCAGGCGCCUCCACCGAACAUUAUCCAACAAGGCGAAAAGGUCCAAACCACUACUCGGUAUCAGAUACCAAUUUCGCAACGACAAAUUAUAACAGCACACCAGCUACAACAACAACAAAUCAAACCACAACAGCAACCACAACAACAACAGCAGCAGCAACAGCAACAGCAACAUCAAUCAAUUCAACAAACAAUUGCGAAUCUCAAUGCACGAGACAAUGGAUCAGUGGCGGUAGCAACAGCAUCAACAUUAACACUGGCUACAACAGCAGCUACGAAAGCUAUAGCCACCGCAACUAAACGUGGACGUGGCAGUCGUACAACAAACGAUCGACCGCCACCCGGUGCUGUCAAUUUAGAACGAAGCUAUGAAAUAUGCCGUGCCGUUAUACAAAAUAGCCCGAAUCGUCAUCAAUUGAAAGCACAACUACGACCGCCUCCAUCGAUGCUUGCGAAAAAUGUACAAAUCACGAGCUCAGCCACCACACAAGGCACCACCGUCACAAAAUUCGUUAAGAAAAUGCCCGACGAACAAACAGCCGUCAAAACAAAUAAAGUUAUGUUUAAGACAACAAAUGGUCCGCCACGCAUUGCAUUUCCAAAGAAAACAACAUUUAUUCAACGUCAGCCAUCACCUGUUUUAGUGCGGCAUGUGUUUGCCCAGCAAAAUCAACAGCAACAACAGAAACAACAACAGCAAACCACAUAUCAGCACAUUCUGAACAGCAGUGAUAAUUCGAAUAGUAGCAGUGCAAGCAGUGUUGCAAGUGGAAGCACAAGUUCAGCGCCAAACGGCCAAUAUAUUCUGGUUCAGCGAGCUGGUGUUAUUGCUGGCAGUAGUCAUUCAGCUCCAAGAGCAUCAAGCGCACCACCGGCACAGAAUCAAAUUCAAGGUGGAACAAGUGCUAUACCAAUCAGCAUACGCGGGCGACCAGCAUCAGUCGACGUUGAUCCGCAAAAUGUUACUCUUUCGGAUGUGCAACAAAUAGUCGCUACAAAUUCAACAGCAGCCCAAACGAUUGCCCACAGAAAAAUCACCAAUCAGAGUAUAAUAUAUAGUGACAUAAGAGUUGAGCCGACACUUCAAAAUUAUGCGUUAAGUGUUGAAAAUACACCACCGAAUUGUGCUUGUUCGUUAAAUGCAAUGGUUAUAUGUCAGCAGUGCGGUGCAUUUUGUCAUGACGAUUGUAUUGGUGCAUCAAAAUUGUGUGUUUCUUGUAUAAUAAGAUGAACAACAUUAUGUAGCGGGAUCAAAAUCAAAUCAUCAAACGAUUACACUUGCAGAGUGGUUAUUUUGAUGUAAAUCAACACACACACACAUACACACACACAAAACACAAAUUGUGAAUGAAUUUAAUGAAAAUCCAUAGCGAUACACUUUUAUUUUCAAUUGUAAUGAAACAAAAAAUAAUGAUCUUUCUUUAAUUUUAUUUGUAAUAAUGAAUGCCAUACACACACGCACACACACACACACAUACCUAAACUUACGAUCCCGAAGCCAUAUAACUAUGUAAGGUCGCGUAUUAUGUGCACGCUGUGGUUAAAGAUCACAUAAUACCGCAUCAAAUCGUUAUACCACGAUUUGAAUCUUUUUUGUUUAAAAAUCGAGUGGAAUGGAAGAAAUGCAUUGUAAAAAAAAGAAUCGUCUCAAAAUUGAUGUGAGGUGCGUGUGUUUAAGUGUGGCCCUUAACACGAUUGAACAGAAUAACAAUAAGGAAUGAGAGAAAAAGAAAACAAACAGUGAUGUUUUUUUAAGGAGAAGUUUGUUUCCAUUUCAAAUCGAAAGUUUAUAUUGAAUAACUUUUAAAUAAAUG